GGCGUGCCCAGAAAACCAAAAUGGACGACGAAAUGGAAAAUUCGAUGGGGCAAGAUGAAAAUGAAAUGUCCGACGGCCAUGACUCGGACCCAAAUACUGAUCAUGGCAAAAUGAACAGAUUUCAUGGGCCUGGUCCUAUGAACGAUAGGCCUGGUCCAGGUGGCAUGGGAGGAAUGGGUCCUAUGGGACCCGGAGGUCAUGGACCUGGAGGUCCUGGAAAUUUUGGAGAUCAUUACAAUGGUCCAGACGGUCCCUUUGGCCCUGGAGGCGAGCCUGGUCCAGAUCAUUUCAAUCACGGAGGGGGUCCGGACCACUUUGGCCCGGGUGGCGGUCCGGAUUAUUGCGGUCCUGGUCCAGAUCACUUUGGUCCCGGACCAAGAGGUCCAGGCCCCCAUGGUCCAGGAGGGUUUGGACCAAGAGGUUUUGGCCCGCGCGGUCCCAGAUUUAGAAAUGAAUGGGGUGGACCUCCUUUUGGAGGACCAAGAGGGCCUCCACGUUUUCGAGGACCACCAGGUCCUGGACCUGGCAUGAGAGGUCCUCCUGGACCAGGGAUGCGAGGACCUCCACCUGGAAUGAGAGGACCUGGACCACGCGGUCCUCCCUUUGGUCGACCUCCCUUUGACCCCAAUUAUGGUCCUCCUGGAAUGCAUGGCCCACCAGGGCCUCCAAACCAAGGAAUGCCGCCUCCGGGAAUGUCAAAUCAGCAUCCACCAGGCAUGCCACCUCCUGGCAUGCCACCGCCACCUGGAAUACCACCACCAGGAAUGCGUCCUCCAAUGAUGCCACCACCAAACAUGCCACCUCCAGGAAUGCCGCCGCCAAAUUUUGCAAUUCCACCUCCAGGCUUUAUGCAGAGUCCUACCACACCGGCUACCACUGGAGAUGCAGAACUGUGGGUUGAAACCAAAACAGCGGAAGGAAAGUUGUAUUACUACAAUGCUCGCACAAGAGAGUCAGCGUGGAGUAAACCCGAGAAUGCGAAGAUCAUGACCCAGUCUGAAGUGGAAGCCAUGGCGGCACAAGCGGCAACUGGUGUCCCAUCCACGACAUCGGGGCCAACAACAGCAGCACAAGCGGCAGUUGCACAGGCCCAGGCCACUAAUCAGCUCACUCCAGCAGACCAGUCACUGUCUCAGACUCCAGUUGCUGCAGGAGCGUUCAACCCUGCACACUUGGCGCCAGGCUUUAACCCAGUCACUCAGCAGAGCGGUCAGCCGUCUCCUGCCCAGAGUUCUCCAUCAGACGCCAGUAACGAACCGGCCAUUUCUCUACAGAAACCACCAACAACACAGUUGCCACCCAAGCCUCCGGAGGUUGCCGAGUGGACUGAACACAAGAACACAGACGGCAGGAGUUACUACUAUAAUUCCAAAACUAUGGAGUCCACAUGGGAUAAGCCACGGGUACUCGUUGACUGGGAGGCUAAGAUGGUCAGUUUACAGGCCUCCCCUACACCCGAGCCAGCCCAGGUGAAUGGAACAAGCACCACUACAGAAGAAACUGCAAUGGAAGCCAGUGAUAAAGAAGAAGAAAAGGAAGAGGAAAAGAAAGAGGAAGAAACCAAAACAGAGGAACAAAAACAAGCUGAUAAGCAGAGGCCAGUGUCUAGCACACCCGUACCAGGCACACCAUGGUGUGUGGUUUGGACAGGAGAUGGGCGAUGUUUCUUCUACAAUCCGAGUCAGCGCAUGUCUGUCUGGGAGAAGCCUGAAGAGCUGCUGUCGAGACCUGAUGUCGAGAAGUUGAUCGCAAACAGACCCGAUGCCAAACCAGCGGAGAAGACCUCAGCAGAAAAGGCAUCAGAUGAUGAACCUGCAUCCAAGAAAAAGAAGAUUGAGGAACCGAAGGACACUGAGAAGAAGGACAUGCCCAAGAAGAUUGACGUUGGCAAGGAGGCGGCUAUCGAGGCUGAGGUGCAGGCAGCACGGCAACGGGCCGUCGUGCCUCUGGAGAUCCGCAUGAAGCAGUUCCGAGACAUGCUGGCCGAGAAGGAGGUUUCCGCGUUCUCUACGUGGGAGAAGGAGCUGCACAAGAUCGUGUUCGACCCGCGCUAUCUGCUGCUGACGUCACGCGAGAGGAAGCAGAUCUUCGAGCAGUACGUGAAGGAGCGUGCCGAGGAGGAGAGACGGGAGAAGCACCGCAAGCUGAGGGAGAAGAAGGAGGCUUUCAGGCAGCUGUUGGAGGAGGCCAAGCUGCACGGAAAGUCAUCCUUCAGCGACUUUGCAGCACGCUAUGCCAAGGAUGAACGCAUGAAGGGAAUUGAGAAGAUGCGUGACAGAGAGUCUCUUUUCAUGGACUACUGCUCGGAGCUGCGGCGUAAGGAGAAGGAGGAGAAAUCGUACCAAAAGGAAAAGUUGAAGAACGAAUUCAUCAAACUUCUGAAGGAAACGGAAGGAAUUGAUCGCCAUUCUCGGUGGAGCGAGAUUAAAAAGAAAAUAAACACUGAUUCACGCUAUGAAGCCGUAGAGAGCAGCUCGCGGCGUGAGGAUUGGUUCAAAGAUUAUGUCAGAAAUAUCGAAGAGGAAUCUGACAACGAGGAUCGAAAGACUAAAGAGAAACAGGAGCGAGUUGAACACAGUAUUCGUGAGCGCGAGAAGGAAGUCCAGCGGUCGCUGUCCAAUUCGCUGCGUGAGCGCGACAAGGAACGGGAACAGCACAAGAAAGACGAAGCUGUUCAACACUUCAAAGCCCUGCUGUCAGACCUUGUGCGUAACUGUGAGUCGAGUUGGCGCGACACGAGGAAACAGCUGCGUAAGGACCACCGCUGGGACUUGGCUGACCAGAUUGACCGAGAGGAGAAAGAGAAACUGUUUGAGGAACACAUUGAUAUCCUGGCUAAAAAAACAAAGGAGAUGUAUCACAAGCUACUGGAUGAAACGACACAGAUCAGCCUGUCAUCCAGUUGGAAGGAGGUAAAGAAACUCAUCAAAGAAGAUCCCAGAUAUACCAAGUUCUCCUCCAGUGACAGGAAGAGAGAGAAGGAAUUUACAGAAUACAUGCAUGAGAAAUUUGUUCAAGCUAAGGCCGACUUCCGAGAGCUGCUUAAGGAAUCGAAGCUGAUUACUUACAAGUCAAGAAAAAUGAUGGAAGAAAAUGAGAAUUUUAUUAAAGACAUUGAGAAAAUGCUUCAGAAUGACAAACGGUAUUUGAUACUGGACUGUGUGGCUGAUGAAAGGAAAAAGAUGUUGAUCCAGUACAUUGAAGAUCUAGAAAGAAAGGGGCCGCCCCCACCUCCUACUGCAUCUGAGCCAACUCGUCGAGGCACGAAAUAAUGAACUUUUUAUCUCUUUUAACACAUUUUUUGUUGUAAUUUAUGCUCCAGCAUUAUUGUGUAUCAUGUUAUCAUGUGGUGUAAUCAUAAAUAAAUCCAUUUUAAAAC